AUGAUUGAAAUGGUAGGUCUGGUUCCUACCAUGUUGGAGUUCUCGGGUAUUGGGUUGCACUUCCGCCAUAACAGCAAAUCCCGGGGUGCCCGUGCUGGUCGGCGAUGA